CACAUGUCUUGUGAGUGAAAUCACGCUCGGAGGAAGGAGGCUGAGAGAGGCUUGUUGUGUGUAUUGUUGCCGAUGCCCCGCCUCUGAUGGUCGCCUUAAACCUGGCACCCAGCUAAAACAAACCAAAGCGCAGCACCGAGCUCCCACUCAACCCAAUUAAGGCGGACUUGAGGCGCUCUCUCUCCCGUACGCGUUCAUCCACCAGGACCGACGCCGAGACAACAGGAACCGGAGGGGCUUUGGCCAGCAGAGAGAGAGGAAGGGAAAAAAAAAAAAAAAGAGAAGGAGAGAUUGCCUUGCCUUCUAAUUUCUCCCCUCUCCAGCCCCAGAACAAUGUCGAUGAGCCCAAAGCAUACGACUCCUUUUUCUGUUUCCGACAUCCUGAGUCCCCUCGAGGAGAGCUACAAGAAAUUGAGUAUGGAGAGCAACAACCUGGGGGCGCCGCUCACUUCCUACCGGCAGCCGCAGGUCUCGCAGGCGGCGGCGAUGCAGCAGCACCACAUGGGCCACAACGGGACCGUGUCCGCCGCGUACCACAUGACCGCGGCAGGUGUCUCGCAGCUGUCACACUCGGCCAUGGGGGGCUACUGCAACGGCAACCUGGGCAACAUGGGCGACCUGCAGUCCUACCAGGACGGCAUGCGGGGCAGCGCCGCGGCCACCGGCUGGUACGGGGCCAACCCGGACCCGCGCUUCUCCACCAUUUCUCGCUUCAUGGGCUCGUCGUCGGGCAUGAACAUGGGCAGCAUGGGCAGCCUCAGCUCCCUGGCGGACGUGGGCAAGGGCAUGGGCUCCCUGUCCAGCGCGCCGCGGAGGAAGAGGCGAGUGCUCUUCUCCCAGGCGCAGGUGUACGAGCUGGAGCGACGCUUCAAGCAGCAGAAAUACCUGUCGGCGCCGGAGAGGGAGCACCUGGCAAGUAUGAUCCACCUCACCCCGACGCAGGUGAAAAUCUGGUUCCAGAAUCACCGGUACAAGAUGAAGAGGCAGGCCAAGGACAAGGUGUCCCAGCAGCAGAUGCAGCAGGACGGCGGCUCCUGCCAGCAGCAGCAGCAGUCCCCGCGGAGGGUGGCCGUGCCGGUGCUGGUGAAGGACGGGAAGCCGUGCCAGGGCACCGGCCACACGCCCACGUCCUCCGCACAGACGCACCACCAGCAGGGCGGCAACGUCAUGAUCAUGUCCAACGGCGCGUCCGGCCUCGGGCAGCACCCGGGCCAGCAGGUGGGCAGCACGGGCCACUCCCCGGACCUGGCGCCGCACUCCUCCAGUCCGCCGUCGCUGCAGGGCCAAGUGUCCGGCCUCUCCCACCUCAACUCCCCCGGCUCAGAGUACGGCUCGGCCCUGCAGUGCUCGGCCCUGUUGUACGGCAGGACGUGGUGACAGGAGGGGGACGCCAAACAGAGCAAAAAAACCUGUCAAGACUUUUGACAAGUUCUCACUGUAAAUGUGCGCAUUUUGAAAACAGAACGUGCAGCUCCGCCUGCAUUUUCCACGUCUUUUCUUUGUUUUUGUUUUUGUUUUUGGAAAAGACGUGUGACUUGACACGGGAAGGAACACUUGUGCAGAAAACCUUUCGGAUGUUGGAAAGUCUUGGGAUUUAUUUAUGUAAAUUAUAUUGAGACGGGAGAGGAAUCUAGGUGAAGCUGCACAGGGAGGCACAUAGACGACAGGACUGCUGAGACACGAUGGGUGCUGUUAAAUUCCCUUUCACACACACACACACACACACACACACACGCGCGCGCGCGCGCACCAGAUGACUCUGACGAUUUAUUAUAGAUUUUAAUGUAAACCGUAGAUUCUAGGUUGUAUAUUUCUGUAAGAGGUUUGGAUUUUAGCUCUAUCUGUUUGUACAAAGUUUUUUUGACGCUCUCUGCCGGUGUGUUGUCGUUUCGUUGGUAUUUGUACACACGUUUUAUUUCUUUGUAACUUAUAUAGAUAUUUGACUUUCCGCAGAACAGUCCUAUUAAUAAAUUAUGGAAACAUGACAGUUAA